AUGCCAGCCAAUAUGCUAUUGAUGCUGUUCUCCAACAAGACAGCCACCCAGUAUGUUCCUCCAGUAGGACCCUCAACGAACAUGAGAGGAAAUACUCAGCAACUGAAAAGGAACUAUUAGCAAUUGUGUGGUCGACGAAUUACUUUAGACCCUACCUUUACGGUGUUAAGUUUGACUUACUAACUCACCAUCAACCAUUAAAAUGGUUACACUCGAAAACACAGGGUAAAGACGUUGACCCAAGACUAUAUCGUUGGCUACUGAAACUAGGGGAAUAUAACAUUAACAUUGAUUACAUAAAGGGACAUGAAGACAGAAGACGAAACUUACAAACCAAUAAUCAAAAAUCAUACGAGGGCUUAAAACGACAUAUAUACCUUCCGAACCUCAAAGUUCGGAAUUUCAAAGUUUUAUUCAAAAAUACAUUAACAAUUGUGACACUUGUAACAGAGCAAAAUAAAUUCUCUAAAUUUGCAACCGCUUUCUAUCUCGAGGACAGAAACAACCAAACUAUACUUGAAAAAUUAAGGGAAUACAAAUCACAAAGAGUGCAUUUUACAAAAUUAGAAACAGACAAUGAAUUUCGUAGCGUAAAUAUAAAGGACUUCUUAAGAAAAGAAAAUAUAGAACCUCAUUUAGUUAAGCCGAAUUCUCAUACCGGGAAUUCUGACAUAGAACGAUUACAUAAUACACUUAGCGAAAAAAUUAGAAUGUUAGGAAUUGAAAAUAAGGACCUUAAUAUUAAAGAAAAAAUUUUUAGGGCUUUGGAAUGGUAUAAUUAUAGUUAUCAUUCCACAACCAAAGGAAAUUACCAAGAUGAUAGAGUAGAAGAAGCAAUAGAACAAGACAGAAAUACAAUUUCGAGAAAAUUCAACAUGAUUCGAGAACAUGACAAACAAUUACUUACACAAACAAUUGACACUGACUAUGCAUUAAAAUUAAAAGUCUAA